UGUGAAUAUUAGAGUUGCGUGUUUGUUGACAAAGGGCAAAAAGUAAAUCUUUGCUAACAUAGACUGUUGGACGAAAGGCAGUGUAAAUCUCAAGGGAGACGAUUGUCUACUGCUCUUGUCUCAUUACUUAUGGAUGUUGUUUGUGAUUUGAUUGAAUCAAAUCAAUAUAAACUAACCUGAUGGUAGGGUGGACCCAGUGGCAACUCUACCAAAGAUGCCGCAAUUCAUACAGCAAGCUCCUGGCAACCGGGAGGCGUCGGAGUGUAGAGUCGUACAUCAACCCUAAGUUUGCCUACCUUGAGAAGUGUCCAAGUGAGGAUGAUUAAUGAUCACGAUGGUCCCAUCCGGUAGUUAGGUUUAAGGACUCAAAUCACGCAAGAGCUGCUGAGGGGUCUCUCUACUUGCCCAAUACAAACAGUAAAAUCAAAGCCAGCAGCAACAACAUGUACUUUGGGAAGAAUAGGCAAGAGAAACAAUAACAAGAGAAGUAAGAGCAGCAAGAACUGCAGUGUGUAGAGAAAUGAGAGCACCAAACGCAGCAAGCUAUGACAAUAACAAACACCAACAACUGAUCAAAAACACACAGCGGCAAAAGCAGCAAACAGAUUUCACUUGCAGUUACUCCACUUCCACACUCUACAUGGUUACAGAAUGAAGGCACCGCGCGAAGACAAGGCAUCGCUGGUACCCCAGGAUUCCUCUGAUAUAGAGGAAGGGGAGAUGGCUACCAACCACAGUGCUGGCGUCACUUCAGGUGGCAAGCGGUGCUGCAGUAAGUGCUGCCCUAUGGCCAAGCGCUACGUCGUUGCUGUCAUGAGCUGUGUAGGGUUCUGCAUAUCGUUCGGUAUACGCUGCAACCUGGGUGUAGCUAUUGUGGACAUGGUCAACAACAACACGGUGACCAUUAACGGGCAGAAGGAAGUACACUUCCGAGAAUUUGACUGGGAUCCCAGAAUAGUUGGGCUUAUGCACAGCUCGUUCUUCUGGGGUUACAUUGUCACCCAAGUGCCUGGUGGCUACUUGGCGUCUAGAGUCCCAGCGAAUAGGAUAUUUUGUACAGCCAUAUUCAUGUCGUCUGUUUUGAACCUCUUCAUUCCGUUGGCAUGUCACGUGCACUACUCCUUGGUAAUCGUCAUCCGGGUACUGCAGGGACUCAUAGAAGGUGUCGAAUACCCGGCCUGCCAUGGUAUGUGGAGUAAAUGGGCGCCACCCCUCGAACGAAGUAUGCUGGCGACCAUUGCUUUCUCAGGUUCCUAUGCUGGUGCUGUUUUUGGUAUGCCCGUUGCUGGGCUGCUUACCGAGUAUGCCGGCUGGCCAAGCGUCUUCUAUGUAUUUGGCUGCUGUGGUAUUGUAUGGUUCGGCUUUUUCAUGUAUUUAAUCUACGAAAAGCCGAGCACACAUCCAACCAUAUCUGCAGAAGAGCGGACGUACAUAGAAGAGAGCAUAGGAGAGACUCUGACCAUGCUACCCAUGAAGACAGGUCUGUGGGUUGAGGACGAGACUAAGGUAGGGGCGGGGCCCGGCAGAUGGGCGAGAGGAGUGUUUUAUUACAUCAAGGCUAACUUCUUGGAGACGCCUUGGAAAAGUUUCUUCACGUCACUUCCGGUCUACGCUAUCAUCGUUGCUAAUUUCUGCCGGAGCUGGACAUUUUACCUGCUACUUACCGGCCAGCCGUCGUACUUUGAGCAAGUGUUCCAUUACGAAAUAUCGCAGGUUGGUAUAAUAUCGGCCUUGCCUCACCUAGUUAUGGCUAUAAUUGUUCCCCUUGGGGGUCAACUGGCUGACUGUCUCCGUCGAAACCAGCUCAUGUCCACAACAACGGUCCGAAAACUCUUCAACUGUGGAGGGUUUGGAGGAGAAGCAAUAUUUCUGCUGUUUACAGCGUACGCAAGGGGAAAAGAAAUGGCAAUUCUAUGUAUGUGCAUUGCUGUGGGAUCAAGUGGCUUUGCAAUAUCAGGGUUUAAUGUUAAUCAUCUCGACAUUGCCCCACGUUAUGCAAGCAUACUGAUGGGCAUAUCCAACGCUGUUGGAACCCUAGCUGGAAUGAUAUGCCCAGAAGUGACGUCAGCACUCACUGCGAAUAAGACUGCCGAUGAUUGGGAAAAGGUCUUCUUGAUAGCAGCCUGCGUCCACUUUGUUGGCGUGCUUUUCUAUGGCAUCUUCGCCUCUGGUGAGAAACAGCCCUGGGCAAGCCCGCCCCGGCAACACAUGCCCGAGAUCAACGGCAAGGGCCUCGGGCCGGACAUCGCCGGUGUUGUUCAUCAGAAGUCCAAGGGUUACGGGACUUUACAGGAUAGCGAUCAAGCCCCCAGACGAGAAACGGUGGUAAAUGGGGGUUUCAUACCGCCGACAAGUGUCUAUCCAGACUUGAGGAAAGAGUUUGUCCAACCACAGUCUUCGGAGGAGAGUCCAGAGGAUGGAGGAAUCCCUUAAUUAUUCAUAUGUACAUGUAAAUGAACACAUGACGAACCCGUUUCGUCACGUGAACAUUUUUACAACACAGGGCCCCUCCUGCUGUCCUUAAUUUGAAACCUAUCUGUUAGUUUGUAGUUCCAUACACCCCUUUUCCUGAUGUGAUAUUUCAAAUAGAUUAAAUAUUGUAUUUUUCUUAUUCGGUCGAGGGGGGAAGGCGCCCUCCACGAAGGUCAUGAGUUCAUUAGACUUUCCUUCCUGUUUGCAUGAGCUUCAUUGUGCUCAGUAUAUUGUAAUAUUUGAGUGCGAUAUAUUUAUGUACUGAUAUUGUAUUAAUUGCUUCUAUUGUUACAAAGAAACUACCCAUCUGAUAAUAUAGAGGGCGCCUUCGGUAGUCAUGAAAAUUAUGCACAAUAAGACCUCGUGAGUGUUUUUAAUUUGAAUGAAUUAAAUGCGGAGAGAAUAGCAGAUAAUUCAUUCUGUAUCGGUAACACAAUAUUGCUUUCGCCGAAAGAGAUGUCAAAAAUAAGACGGGAGUAUACCAGCCACGAAGGUGUGACCAAAACCUCUCUGUAGAUUUGUUGAAAUAUAGCUAACUAUUGUAUCUGACCAUUGGAACGUCGUGACCAUUGGGGUGAUGUAUCAUGUCAUUUGCUUUAUCGCUUUGGUUUUGUAUUCUGUGUGGCAGUGAAGCAUUUCCGUAGCCUAAAGAACAAGGCUGUACCGGCAGAACUUUGUUUUCUUUUUAAUAGGCCUAAACAAAUUGAAACUCGUUCGCCUUAUCUGACUAAGUCCGCCUUGUUAAGGAAGUUUCGAGAGCUUUUUGGAUUCAUGGAACAGUGUCUUUCCAUCGAUACUAUACUGAAGCAUCUGCUUAAGGUACACGACUCUUACUGGACAAAAGGAAUUUUGUUUUUCUCCUGAGUUUGUGGAACUUUUCCAUGACCAAUCCUCCACGUACGCACUGCUGCCUUAAAAAAAACUGUUUUCGUCCCUGAAAUGUGCGUUGCUCACGAAGCGAGAAAACAAGGGGCGCAGGUACUUUGAUAUAAAGUAGGCCUAUUUACUCGAAUGUACGUCUGGAGCUGUCAUGUACGCCGGUCUUUGUGACGUAUGUAGUCUUCGCCGAUCCACUUUUCACUCUAAAGCUUGGUUCCCAUAAUGGUCAUAACAAACACCGGGGACGCGCAUUGCAGACGUCAAGAGUCAGACAGUCGCAAAAGACAUGGCGUCAUUCCACCAAAACAAGUGAGCAAUGUGGCGUCCGAAACUCGGAAAAUAUUCGCAAAUAAUGAAUUUUUUACGUAGCAAUACUGCCUCUUGAAUCCCGAUAAUAUUUGAGUUUGAUUGUUUAUGGUCAGCUGUUUUGUUGACAACUGGGGUUGUACUUAUAAGGAGAAAAUGGGCAAAAUGGGUGGUACUGAGCGAGAAGGAUAUCGUACGUCUGUCCUGCUAACUUAUUUUGCAUGGGCGUCCCAUGGUGACUGAACGCAGAGAGUCGGCGAAGUUGAACCUGAUCCAAAUUUUGCGACUCUCUGCAUCGAUGGAUAAGCCAGUGAUCGGCUCUCUGUGUCUCUUUACGUCGAUAUUGGAACCAGGCUUAACUUUGGAAAAGUAAUCGACGCCCAUAGCCUAUAGGCAGCCCUUGACCGUCCAUGCCAUUCACAUUAUUAUCACCCAAAGCCAUCCUAAUGAGUCCAAGCAACGGAUACAUCCGUUUUAAACUCGUCUGUGUGGUUGUUUGCUGGGUCUUUGGAUUUUAGACUGUGCUUUAUUUUUGUGUUGUAAAAACUUAUCAGUUCAGAGCUCUACUUACGUCGCCAUCUUUCAGAUAAAAGAGAAACCCUCCAGAGGUUCAUCGGGAUGUGGAAUUCUAAUUGAAAAAAAAUGGACGAAUGGAAGUUCUGAGCAAGAAUAAGUUAAAAUCGUGUGACAGCAAUAAACUCAACUGCAGUCUAGUUAUUGUAAAUAAACAAAGUCUUGUUUGUAAAGUCGCUUGCUAUUAUUUUAAACAUCAUUCCAGUAAGUGCUUCAAAAACCGUUAUUAAUCAUCUUGCCGUUGUGGUUGGAUAAAAUGGGGCGAAAUGAAGGAUCUGAGCCCUUAGGUAUUUUCAGCAAGUGAAAAACUCAGUCCUAAAACUUUAAUACAGCUACAGUGCGCAUUGAAUAAUUAUGUAUUAUCCCGAGUAAUUACUGCUUUUCUAAAGCAACAUUGAUUGCAGAGUCUUAAUCAACAUCUUAUUAUUUCAAUAAAUGCUGAGUUUUCUUAAUCUGGACCUUCAGUUAUGCUGUUAGAUCUCUUCACUCUAAGGCUUAAAACUAUGUAAAAAUUUGGGGGGUCAAAGCGACACAGUAUUCGGUGCCGUUUUGCAUCUGCGGUCUGUUUUCUUUCUUGCAUUAUGCAAAUCCUCAUCGAUGGCAAUUCACGAUACCCCAAAUGUUCACAAUCCUUUGGGCAAAAUGAGUUCAGCUAUGGAUGUUAAACAUUAUAAAUAAGAGGUGUUCUCGUUUUGAUAAUAUGAUGGUGCUGUUUUGUAGGAAAUUUGGAUUGCAAAUUAAAAGCUUUAGGUCAGCAUUUUAAAACCCAUCUGUAUCUCAAGUGCAUCAUCCAUUAGCAAGUUAGGAUUGGUCUGUUCUGAGACAGGCACGUGCCAUCAGCGGGUCUGUGUUAUUUUCUCAGUUCAAAUUUUGCUUUUUUAAUUCCUGGUUUCUAUGUGGUCAUAACAAUUGUCGAAAGCACGCGAUGUGUUAAGACGCAGAAAGUCGCCGAGAAAGCAGUGUGUGACGUCAUUCGAAACGUUGAAAACAAAAUGGCGUCCUAAACUCUGCCCAUUUCUGUAUAAAAUGCAUAUUGGAGGUGAUUGUACCACUUCCUGAAGCGUUUCAUUCCGAGAAGGACAUCGUGUACACUUGUCUUACCAGCGCAACUGUACAUGUGGAACUUGUUUGGAGACUGGAUGCAGACAUUGGGCAGGGUUGAACAUGGUCCAACUUUGCCGACUGUCCAUAACUUCGUGUCAUCGAAAACUCUUUGGCGACACUGUCUGCGUCUCUUAACGUCAAUAUGGGCAUGGCGCUUCCCAGCUGAGUUGUUCAAAUUGGCUUGUGGCUGACUAUUGUGUUCAGGUUAUGGCUACGUUCUCCAUAAUCGCAAAACAGUGUAAACUGUGUAAAGUUAGCCACAUCUUUUAUUAAACAUCAUUAAUUUUCUUAGAUGCACCUCAUUAAAUUGUAUUCUCUCUUUCUGACCGAUAUCAUUUCGUCAUUUCGUUAAAUGAAUUAAAAAGUACAACAUUUCUGCUAUGAAUGUUAAUAAAAGUAAAGGUGUAUUUAUGCAAGUAGAAUGUAUCGAGUAAUAAUGCAAUAUAACCUAGAAUGUUAAUCUUUUUAGAGUAAAACUAUAUUUAUCAGUGGUAUCCUUAUAUUGUGUGAAAAUAUAAUGAUAAAAUAUAUAGAUAUUAAAAAGAUAAAUGGUGUAUGUUAUAACCGGUCAUAUAAUGUGGUGUUAUUUAACCCUUAAAGGGCCGGACUUAAAAUCUCCUUUGUACAUUUUUUUCCCGAUUUCAUCACAACGCUUUGUUGUCACACCGAGCCUUCUUGGCGUCAUUUUGAAUCAGUUAUGGAAUUUGUUAAACAUUGUCCCUCCGUGUCAAAUUUUGGACACUCGAAUACAGGCACAGUGCGUCAUUUCUCCUCAAUCACAGUGCAAAAUGGAAAUUUGACAGUGCAAGGACCAACACGUGCAAAUGUGCGCACUGUCAAUAACACAUUAAGGAAAAGCUACUCGACUGAUUUGAAACUGGGCGUGGUAAACAUAUGCAUGGCGCUAUCCAACACAAUCUUGUAAGGGACAACCAUGAUCUGACAGGAAGUUAAAAUCCACCUAUCGGGAAGGUUUUGAAGAAUGCCGUUUCAGGGUUUGAACACGAAUAGAAAAUGAGCCUCGCUGAUAAGUUCUAAGUGAAGAGGUUAUGUUUAUUUUUACCCAGAGUAUAAUUAGAUAUUAUUAAAGGCCUGAAAUUGACCUAAAAGAAGCGGAGGCCUUUUUCGUAGCUUUUUUAACUUUCCUGCCCUUACCUCGUAACUAUUACCGAUGUAUCUGAAAAAAUAAAGGGCCCGAGUCGGAUGUUAACGAUGGUCUUCCUCACAAUCGAAUUGGCGUCCAUUACCAAAUUCCAGUACUCAAAACAUCCCACAGUGUCCCUGUAUACCCUUCACAGUCAACACUUCCACGUGUAGCCUAUAAUAUUUUAUAUGGAUGAGGCCCUAUUUGUGACAAUUAAUUGCUACAUCGGUGGUGACUUCACAGGAUUUGUGCGUGAGAUUAGCCCUUUCCAACUAGCGUCGUCUGUAGUGUGUUCGAGCGAGUAUAUCGCGUAGCAGUUUUGGGGAACCUUUGAUUUUGAAAAUCUCUUUGUGCUUCUACUCACCCGCGUCUUCCCGAGUACGGUUGCGGUAGGGGGCUGGCAUAUUUUUCCACAUAUUUCGUUAAUCAGAAGAUCUUCUGCACUUGAAUAUUUUCGUAACAUGUCAAUGUAAACUAAGUGGAUAGGCUGAAAUAUAAGCAACAGAAAAGAAAAGUUCUGUAGAAUUGCGAAGUCUUAAAAACCUGUAAUUAAAACCUCCAGCACUAAGUGUGUCUAAAGUAAAAUGACAAUAAAACUUCGUGUGUUACGGUGCUUAGAAACCUGAAUAAUUUUCGAUGAUGGCUUUGGAAGCCAUCUCUCUACUUUUUGCAGCUGUGCAAAAAUAAAAUCUCAUGAGUU